UAGACUUCUUAAAGCGCGAACCGGACGCAUGUGUUUUAUGUGGCGCGGUUUGUUUUUGUUUUUUCGCCUUUGUCGUUGUAGUAGUUGAUUUUUUUCCUACUCUGUCGUUUUUUAAAAUGCCUAAACGCUCGUAUCCAUUCAGCGAGACUUUCUCCUCUCAGUAUAAAGUUCAUGUUGGGCAGAAAGAGAUGAGUAACUAUGGAGUGUUUGGACUCAAAUACAAACAAGAUAUUUACGAAAAGACCAAAAACCUGCUCUUCAAUGGAACUAAAGCUGUGAUGAGCCGAAUCUGGAAUGUGGACGGAGACGAGACUGUAUCGGGUGUUAAAGUGUCCGAUCACACCACUGUAACAUCUGUCUCCGGACAUCAGAGGCUGCUCAAAGGACAGACGCUCAUCGGCUCGGAUGGAAGAUUGAAGAAGACGAACGCUGUUUUGGGUUCGUCAGCAGCUCCUACAACGUGUUGUGUAUGUCAGAGGGUCUCCGGUUCGAGGCAGCCAUGCACGCAGUGUGAGCGUCCUGCGUGUACCGCAUGCACCCAGCAGUGCAACAGCUGCUUCAACCACUGCUGCUCAUUAUGCACGGUUACAGAUUAUAGUGAACGUUACGACAGAGUCCUCUGCUUGAACUGCUCGUCCUGAUAUCGGCGUUCAUUGAUGGAUGACUGCCGAGACGACAUUGAGAAUUAUGCGAGACAUGAUUUUAAUUCAUUACCAAUGAAAUGUAAAUGAGAUGACUAUUUUAUAUACGCUUGCAUUGUUUCAUACUCUUCACUUGUGUAAAUACUCCUAUAGUUGUUGAAAUAAAUACCUUGAUCAAA